GCCCCACCAUCGUCUUCUUCACUGCCUCUCUUCUCUCUUCUUCUCAUCUCUUCUCUCUUGUUAGUUCACUCCACAUAAUAAAAACACCAAAAGUCUCAUUCUUUUCAUUAUACUUUCGAGUUUUCUUGAAUUUGGUUUGUUUCUUGAUUGGUUUCUUGAUUUUCUUGAAUUGUUCUUUUUUUUUUUUUUUGUUACUAUAUUUGGAUAUGAUGAUGGGUCAAGAUGAGGUUGGGAGUGAUCAGACGCAAAUCAUAAAGGGGAAGCGUACGAAGAGGCAGAGAUCGUCUUCGACGUUUGUGGUGACGGCGGCGACGACGACGACGACUGUUACAUCUACUAGUUCAUCGGUAGGUGGGAGCGGAGGAAGAGCUGUUUCCGACGAGUACAACUCGGCGGUUUCGUCUCCGGUGAGUACUGAUUGUACUCAAGAAGAAGAAGACAUGGCGAUUUGUCUCAUCAUGUUGGCUCGUGGGACAGUUCUCCCAUCGCCGGAUCUCAAGAACUCGAGAAAACCUCAUCAGAAGAUCUCGUCGGAUCAGAAUUCUAGUUUCUACGUUUACGAGUGUAAAACAUGUAACAGAACGUUCUCAUCGUUCCAAGCACUCGGUGGACACAGAGCAAGCCACAAGAAGCCAAGAACCUCGACGUCGACUGACGAAAAGACUAGAUCACCCCUGAUGCAGCCGAAGUCUAGUUUGUCCGAAGAAGGGCAAAACAGUCUUUUCAAAGUUUCCGGCUCAGCCCUACCUUCACAGGCAAGUAACAUCAUCAUCAACAAGGCAAACAAAGUACACGAGUGCUCAAUCUGCGGCUCGGAAUUCACUUCCGGGCAAGCCCUCGGCGGCCACAUGAGACGGCACAGGACAGCCGUAACCGCGGCUAGCCCUGUUGCCGCUACUACUACCGUAGAAGUCAUAAGCAGAAACAGUUCAGAAGAAGAAGAAGAAAAUAUUGAAAUCAAUCUAAGCCGUUCGAUGGAGCAACAAAGAAAAUAUCUACCGUUGGAUCUAAAUCUACCAGCACCAGAAGAUGAUCUAAGAGAGUCAAAGUUUCAAGGGAUAGUGUUCUCAGCCACACCAGCGUUAAUAGAUUGUCAUUACUAGUUUUGCUUCAUUUUUUCAUUACAUAAUACAAUGAAAUAUUUGUGAAUUCUUACUUACUUACUAUAUUGUUGAUCAUUAUUUUUCAAAUCAAAUAUUAUUUUUUUUACUU